CGGAGCUGCCGCUUGCAGCGCUUCCCAGCCGUUGCAACCUCUAACGAAGGCAGUUGAGACGCCUAGCCCGUCUUGUCCACCAGAUGGCGCCAGAGAGGAACUUUCUCAGCCGGAGCUCCCAGUGAUGGAGCCCGCUCAGCCUUCGUCCCUUCCUCCUGCUUCGACUCCGCUCCCGCCGGAAAGUCCUUCGGAGGAGCCGGCUGCUAAGAGGGCAAAGCCUUCCGUCCCUCCUCCAGAGACCCAAGAGCCGGAAAUGACCCCGCAGAUGAGACGGAUCAUCUCAGAGGCCAUUGCUCAGGGCAUUGCUGCAGGCAUCCAACAACAACGCCCGUCACCCUCUGCAGUCUCUGACAACACUUUAAGCCAGGGGCAGGCUCCUCCUUCCAUGAACAUCCCACAAUCCCUCUCGGUCAUUGAAGGACCUACAGAAUUGCCACUGGAUGAAGGAGGGACUCCAGACGUCCAUGGCUUCGUAGGUCUCUUCAACCCUGCCUUGUUUAAGACGCUGCUCCAGAAAGCGAAAGCCACUGCUCGGAUAGAAGCAGAUCCAGCCGCCUCAGAUCCGGCCUUAUCUGACCCUAAUAAUUUGUUAUUUUCAGAGCCUUCCACAAAUAAGGAUGAGAUCCCCUGCCCCAAAUUUUUCCUGGAUGUCGUCCAGCGACAAUGGGCCGUACCAGGGGGUGGCCAGGUUCUAGGUGUGAAUGACAAAGUGUUCUACAAUGUGGCCCCGAACCUCUUGGAGGCAUUAGAAAUGCCAACAGUCGAUGGGCCUGUGGUGGCCUUAGCCCCCCUCCCCGUUCUGUCCAGUAACACAGACGAUGCUUUGAAUCCAGAAGACAAGCGAUCGGAAAUAACACUCCGCAAAGUCUAUCAGUCAGCUUCCUGGGCGGUUAAGUCAGCGGUGACUGCUUCCUUCUUCAAUAGAACUUCCUUGAUCUGGCUCAAACAAAUGCAAGCCAGAAUCCCAGCCACCGAUCUCCAGACACAUGAGGACAUCAAUAACCUGAUAGCAGCGGCAGAAUUCUCUGCAGAUGCCACCCUGACUUCGGUCAAGUUUGCUUCCAGGGCCAUCGCCUCAUCCGUGACAGCCCGACGACUGCUGUGGCUCCGUCACUGGCAGUCAAACAUGAAGUGCAAGUGGAAGUUGGCCUCUGCCCCCUUCAAAGGAGAAAAGCUAUUCGGAGAGGCCUUAGAGCCUUUACUCAAGGAGACCAAAGACAAAAAGAAAGUCCUACCCGCUAUAUUCAAAAACACUGAACGAAAGUCCCAUUUUCAGAAGCCUUCCUUCAGGGCAGCGGACACCACAGACAACUUGUCACAACCGCAGAGGGCAUACUUCCAGCGACCUGAUCGCCAAUCCGAUAGGGCCGGAUAUAGAGUCAGGAGCAAGCAGCAGUUCCAAUCCAAACGACCAUUUGGAGGCAAUGGAAGUCAGUCCUUCCCUCACUCCUCCAGAAGUCUUCAGAGCCAAGCCUCCAGAGGGUCAGCAGCAACUGGGGAUUUUAGUCCCAAAGGCUUUGAUGAGAUGGAGAGUGAUUCUCCACGUAAUAUGACUAAACAAGCAUUUUUUGUACAAGAGACUAAAAAUCCAGUCCAUACUGGACAGCAUGCAGGUGGGCGACUUCCUGAUGUCACUAGAUCCCAAGCAUUACCAGUACAGAGCCCUCACAAAGAUACUAGUGACACUCUCAGUUCUCCUCAGGACUAUCCCUAUUCCCGUCCAACGGUAUCUGGCCGACGUGUGGAUCGAAUCGUCCUGUCACCUCCACGCCAGAGAGGAUCUACUCAUCACGAUCAGGGUCCUUCAGGGUCCUUCAGGGAAUCAGGGAUUCACAGUCAACAACAAGAGCCACUUGCCUCCUACCGACAGGAUGCUCCACCUAUCAGCAUCUAUAGAGACGACAUGCAUAGUUUGCCUGUUCCAGGACAACAUCAGCGCUCUGGCGAACCAGAUCGGAUUGGACCGAAUGGUGCCUCUCGACCUCGUCUCACAAUUGUUAGGCAAGAUGGUGUCGUGCGUCUCCAUUGUUCCCGGGGCACGUCUGCAUACCAGGAUCUUACAAUGGCUCCUCCUGCCUACUCAGAAAUCCGGCAGGAGCAAUUCAACUACCGAAGACUGGGUCCCAUCAGAAGUCCUCCAGGGGUGGAUGCCACUGACCACAAUCAGCACAUUCAAGGAAACGAACCGUCACAUGAUCGCUACGGACGCCGGUUUUCUCGGCUGGAGAGCCCAGAUAGAGACCCAGAUGGCAGAAGGCCUGUGGACAGAAGAGGAAUGACGAAAGAACAUCAACAGGAAAGAGAUUCCAACAGGCCACGUAGCCCUCCAGUGGGUCCAGACCACCAUCUCCAGCCAUCACAUACUGAUCCUAGCAGACGACGUAACCACCAAGGCCCAUAUGAACCGCCAAGGGAGCACCUACUCCAGAUGUACCCGGGGAGACGGCGCCAAAGAGCAGAGCCAUCCUAAGAACCAUGUGGAUGGUUAGCCCAUCUUUCGACCAGCAUGGCGAGGAUCACAUGGACAUUGGUGGAAAUCUCAAGGGAACAGCUUUCUUCGUUUCCUUGCCAAGUUUUUUAUAAGGGACCAAUUUCCCCCCCCCCCCCUUUUCAAACUUUGUAUCCCCAUUUUAUACGUCCAGGGGUAACAUCUAGUGAGUUUUUAGUUGAUGUAUCCCAGCUCUCCUUUCCUUGAUCUGUAUUUUGGAUUUGAAAUGACCCUAGUGUCGUAAGUCGAGGACUGCCGAAAAGAAAACUAUCCCUCUCUGAGCACAUUUCUCUGGCCUCUUCCUUUCUUCCUCCCCACCCCACCCCCCAAAAAACCAACCCAGAAAUUUAUCUUCGAACUAAGUUAAUUCUUGAGGUCCCCUUUGUUGCUUCCAACAUUAAGCCGAUCAGGGCAGGCGAAAGGCUAAAUCAGCCCCUCUCCAAAUCAGGAUGGGGAGACCUGUGGAGAAAUGAUCCAGCAUGCUUCACACAAUGCUGCAAUUGUCUUGUUUGUGUUAGCUAUACACUUUUUUAAUGGAUUCAAAGACACACCCUAAUCCUUCCCAUCCCAACCCCAGGGGUUUUAGAUGCCAGGGACCUUCCCACAUGACUUCCACACUGAUUUUACCUGAAUCUUGUCUGUUAUAUCACAUUUUGUAUCCCAACAGCCAAUAAAAGGACGGAUUUAGAACCCCCAAAAAA